AUCACCCUGGUGGCAGCAAUGGCUUCAGGGGCUCAAGCCCAAGAUGAUGUUACAUGGGCCAAGCGGGUCGAUUCCGGGAAAGAAGUGGUUUCCACUCUUCAAUUCUACUUUCACGACGUGCUCAGCGGAAGAAACCCUAGUGCAGUAAAGAUAGCCCAAGCUUCCCAGGGCAACUCUACACCAAAUGGGUUCGGAUCGUUGAUGAUGGUGGAUGAUCCAUUAACGGUAGGACCGGACCCCAACUCGAGACUUGUGGGGCGGGCAAGGGGAAUGUACGGUUCAGCCGGUCAGACCGAUUUCGGCCUCGUAAUGGUGAUGUGCUAUGAGUUCCUAGAUGGGACGUACAAGGACAGCUCAUUUAGCAUUCUCAGCAUCAAUCCGGCAUUAAAUCCGGUUCGAGAAAUGACCGUAGUGGGUGGAACCGGUUUGUUCCGGUUGGCUCGGGGAUAUGCUAUUGCCCAAACCUACUCUUUAGAUCCCACAACCGGUGAUGCAGUCGUGGGCUAUAAUGUGACUCUAGCCACAUAUAUUUGAGUUAUUGAGUAGUCGAUUUUAAUUUGCAUUUGUUGAAUAAGAGAUGAUCAUUUCUAGG